GCCGGAAACGGAUCGGACCGUAGCCCCCUUCACUUUGUAGUUUGCAGCCGCUCCGCUAGGGAGCAGCACCGUGCAGCGUUAUUGGCAGACAGCAGCAGACGAUUUGAGAAUGUUUGUUUUGGUUAUGUAAAGCGAAUUUAUCUCGCAGAGGAUAACAUUUGAACUGACAGCUAACUGUCGAUCCAUUUUAUUUUUUGGAAUCUAGAAUGGACCAAUCCGCAAAACCCACAGAACCUCCAAUUGACCAACUUUCAUUGAAUCUACGAAUAAAAAAAUACAAGGAAUGCUGUUACAGAUCGUAUGCUGCUGGCCUGGCAGCUCUGUCCAUAGCCACAUCAGCAUCAUACUUCAUUCUCAAAAAGUUUCCAAUUUAUAAUAAAUACAGUAUUGUUGUAUCAGGUGGCAUUGGAUCUGUGGUCGGAUACAUAGUUUCAAAAGAGAUGUCACAAGAGUGUAAUUUAAUCUUAAAGGCGCACAGAGAAUCUAUGCGCAAUCCAGUUCAACCUGAUAGUAAUGAAGGAGCAAUUGCAGACUUGAAGUAACAUUGUGACAUUUUCAAAUUUGUUCUUGGCAAUGACUGUAGCUAGCAAAACACAUUAGGAAAAUUUAAACUAUUAAAUAUUGUAACAAAGUUCUUCAGUAAAAAAAAUAUGCUUUAUUAGAGUACAAGGGAAAACAUAACUGUUUUAAAAUAGUAUGGACCUUGAUGCACAUAACUGGACUUUUUCCUCAACAGAAAACAAAAUACUGAAUAGUGUUAAGGAUCAAAACAGAGUGAAAUACAAGAAGCAACAUGAGUGAAUGUGAUUUACAUAUUGAUGUCUCAUGCGGUGUAAAAUAAACUGACUGAACAGGGGUUUGCUUCA